UAAAAAUUUAAAAAAAAAUAAAACAAAAAAAAACAACCCCUGAAUUUGAAUUGCCCGCGCUUCCAUGAUCCAUAAAAUCCAGACGCCCUUCAUUGGCUAAUGAUAAGAUUGUAUUUUUGUUGUGGAUUUUGUGUUUGUAGUGGUUGUGGUGUGAACACGUGGGUUGAUGAUAUUGAUAAAAAUGAUGGCCUCCUUGGUCUUUUUAUGAAACUGAUGUAAUAUUCGUCAUAAUUCGUGUAGUUUUCUGUCAGUGAUGAGCAAUUAAAUUUGAAUUUCCCUCCUUCGAAAUAAAGAAAUUCUUGAAAAAGCAUGGAUUCCGAAGUCAACUCAAAAGUAACCCGUCCAGUUCAUCACAGAAUUAGUAAAUAUUACAAUGUCAUGGUAAAAGUGGACGACGAUGUGUAUUAUUUAGACAAAUUCCAACUGGCCUGGAAAUCAGACUACUUCGAGAAAUUAUUAAUCGAGUAUUCUGACCAGCAAGAAUGCAUUUCAAUAGAACUACCAUCGAUGGAUACCAAAACAUUCUCUACCAUUGCUGACAUAAUAUAUGGGCAGUCUGUGUUGAACUACUUUCAGAACUCUGUCUUGAACCAAUAUAAUUACGUUGAAUUGAUAAUGGCUAUGGAUUACUUACAAAUGGAAAUAGAUCUGAGACCCUACCAUUUUUUCAUCGUGCAACAUUGCAGCCCAGAUGCGAAAAUAUUCAAAUUAUACAACUUCGUACGAGAGAAUCCUAAUUUACAAUGGUUGCUAAAGACAGUUUUUGAUUAUAUAUCUGUUCAUUUGGCUGAUAUGCGAAAUUACAAAGAUUUCUUAUCUAUGCCAUUUGACCACAUAAUGCAGAUAAUUUUAGGCAAAAGAACUUUCACUUGGGAUACUCCGACUACGAGUAGGAGUGAUGUGCUUGGAGUUUGUCAAUUUUGCUCCGAAUGGAUUUGCACCAGUUUGGAAAAUAGGCUUCCUCAUGUAGCGAAGCUCGUCAAUGCUGUUAAACGAAGAUUUAAUUUCAUGAAUGAAGUGAAUGAUGAUGGUUGUGUUAGGAUGUUAUCCGAAAUCACCGAACCAAUGAAUCCCAAAAUGAUGACGAAACUAUUCUACAAAUUUUUGAUGUGCGAUGGAGACAUACGAGCAAGAACAGCUGAGAAUCUACUGGAAGAUGAGAGUAUACAGGAAAAUGAAAAUAUACAGGAAGAUGAAAGCAUUCAAGAAGAUGUGAAUCUACUGAAAGAUGAAGAAAAAGAAGUUUGGAGGAACCGUCCCGAAAGUUAUGAUCGAGAAAAGUUGGCAAAAUUUGUAGAAAAUAAUUAUUUUCACGAUAUCGUAGUCAAUGUUGGAGAAAAAACAUAUAAACUUCAUCGAUUUAUAUUGAAUUCAGCGUCUGGCUACUUCGCUGGAAUUUUUUCCAUCAAGCAGCAGUCCAACUCCUCAGACGUUCCAUGUGCUGAAGUAUCGACACAGCAACCAAGUAUAAUUGAGACGUAUUCGCUUCAAGAUGUUGAUCAAGCCACUUUCGACAUGAUCAUCGAAUAUAUCUAUUUCGAUGAAUUGCGAUUAACAAUGGAGACUAUAACUCGUGUACUGAGAGCUGCCAAUGUUUUGAAAUUGAAAAAAUUAUUUAAUACGUGUGUGUCUUGGAUGGAGAAGCAUAUCGAGGAUGUUUGUGCGAACAUUUUAAUCAUCGAUGAAUGCAUUUCUACUUCGUGGAUCGUAUACAAUAUUGAAGAAAUUGUUUCAAGGUUUCUAACCAUACCCGAUACGGACGAUACAUUGCCUAUCUGUUCAUUUACUUUCGAUAUGUUGGAAUAUUUACUUAUGUCCUCGACGUAUAGCUGUGAUAAUCCGCAUCAAAUUGUAGACGCAUGUUCGAAAUGGAUUUUCCACGAUGUAGAAAAUCGAUAUCAUCUGAUACCACAGAUCGCUCUUGCUAUUAAUCGAAAUCUUCAUUACAAUAAAAUCGAAGCUUCUACAGAUUUAAUCAGCUGCUCAUCUGAACAAUUGAUUCGAGACGAAUUAUGGAAGAUAUCACGUUGUAGUUCGUUGAUACCUUCGGUUUCCAUUGAGAAAAAGCAGACCGUUGGUAAAAAGAAAUGGAAAGAAGUACCCGUGUUUGUUGCUUUGUCCAAGACAUCGAUAACAAUUCAUGUUUUGAAUGCUAAUUUAGAAGAAAUCACCUCAUUGUGUCUUUCAAAUUCAGACAUUUAUCGAUUUACUCUCGCGCAUCAUUACGUUUCUGUGGCUGCGACUUUAGUGGAUGAUAAUUUAUUCAUUAUGUUGUGUUUGGAUUAUGAUUUUUUUCGGUUUAUUGUGUAUAAUUUAUCUUUGAAAAAAUUCAUCUCUUUGAAUAACCGUGUUAAAGUGGAAAAAUCAACUGAAUGUUAUAAGAGUACGAAUACGAGCUCGCUGUUGAAUUGUCGAGGCCAAGUUUACUGUUGCUUCAAACACGGCUAUGUAUUGAAGUAUUCGAUCGAGUUGAAUCGUUGGAUGAUGUUUUCGGAGAAGCCGGUGUUUUCUGCUGAAUACACGAAUGAUAAAUACGUAUGGUUCACAAGCGAUGGAGAUAAGUUGUACAGAUUGUAUGGUAAGUGUAUAUCUCAGAGUCCGGAUCUGUCGGUUUUAAAAUAUGUUGUGGAAGAAUUCGAUUUUCAACAAAACAUAUGGUUGUCUUUGUCAGAAAUGCCUUUUAGUCGUCAAGAGUCUUGGGAAGUGCAAAAUUUUACCAUCAUUAAAGGUGGCCAACUUGCUGUGUUAUUAACAUCAUGCUUCGUGACAUUUAAGGGUACACUUUACAGCUGUAAUCAGUAAUGUUUUUUUACGCUUAAGAUAGUCAACUUACAAGGUAAAUUUCUCGGCAAAUAUUCAAUGGAUUUUGCUAAUUUUUUUUUUAUUCGAAAGAUAAUCCAUUUUUUAAGCAAUGACUUUUGAGAUUUUUCGUAUUAAUCGAUUAGAAAAUCCGUGAAAAUGGUUUUUCUGUAGGAAUCCGUUUUCAAGCAUAACUUACUAUCGGAUCACAAUAUUGGAAAAGUUGAAAAAGUCAUUGCUUGAGUUUUUUACUCUGAAAACGUUGAUGAAAAAAAAAUUGAAGAAAAUUUAAAACUCAACGAGAUAUUUACCUUGUAAAUUUA